UGACACUUCUGCUUACAGUCUGUAGACAUGGCGCUGCGAGUCCUGCGAUUCAGUUUGGCUGUAAACCGUAAUUUACUCAAGACAAACGUUGUCUGCAAUAAACGGUACUUGUCGGAAAAGGUGUCUUCCAGUCCGAAAGAAAGCGUCUCUAAACAAAUCGAUCAUGUUAUCUACACAGAGGAACAUUUUGCUUUAAAGGCAUCUUUGAGGAAGAUAAUUGAUCAAGAGAUAAACCCUUAUGUAGACAAAUGGGAAGAAGAGGGACAGUUUCCGGCUCAUAAGAUCUUCAAGAUCCUAGGCAGUGCAGGAUUUCUGGGAGUCAACAAGCCUGUGGAGUAUGGAGGUUUGGGACUGGACUUUAGCUACAGUGUGGCUGUUGCUGAAGAACUGGGGAACAUUAACUGCGGAGGAAUUCCCAUGGCCAUCGGGGUUCAGAGUGACAUGGCCACACCUGCACUGGCACGUUUUGGAUCCGCAGAACUCAAGAGAGAGUUUCUCCUGCCAUCCAUAAUGGGAGACAAAGUGGCCUGUCUCGGUGUGAGCGAGACGGGGGCCGGCUCUGAUGUUGCAAGCAUAAAUACUAAAGCUGUUCGUAAAGGAGAUGAAUUCAUCAUUAAUGGAGGGAAGAUGUGGACCACUACUGGCACUCAGGCAGACUGGAUGUGCCUCUUGGCCAACACCAGUAAUGACCCACCACACAAAAACAAAUCCCUGAUAUGCUUACCUCUGAAUCUACCUGGAGUUCACAUCGCACGGAAGAUUGAUAAAAUGGGCAUGCGGUCCUCGGACACAGCGGAGGUGUUUUUCGAUGACGUCCGAGUGCCCUGCAAAAAUGUCAUAGGGGAGGUGGGAAUGGGCUUCAUGUACCAGAUGCUGCAGUUCCAAGAGGAGCGACUUUGGGGAGUGGCCAAUAUCCUAACGAUGAUGGAGAAAGUUGUCCAGGAGACCAUUAAUUAUACCAGACAGAGGAAGAUUUUCAAUCAGGCGGUUCUAUACCACCAGGCGGUUCACUUUAGACUAGCUGAACUGCAGACAGAGAUUGAGCUACUGCGUUCCCUAUUGCAUCGCGCCACAGCUCUGUACAUUAGUGGAAAUGAUGUCACAAAGUUGGCAUCGAUGGCCAAGCUGAAGGCAGGACGACUGGCCCGAGAGCUCAGCGACAGCUGCCUGCAGUACUGGGGUGGAAUGGGCUUUACAAAUGACGUCCUAGUCAGCAGGUUCUACAGGGAUUCCAGGUUAAUGUCCAUUGGCGCUGGAGCUGAUGAGGUUAUGCUCUCGAUCAUAUGCAAGUAAAUGGAUACUCUUCCCAGGAAAUAAGCUAAACACUAAUUAUUGUUGGCAUUUCUGAAAAACAAAGUGCACUUAAAAUUAAAUGUAUCAAGAUUUAUCAGUUUGUAGAUACUGAUUUAAACUUACAAUAUGCCUUAAUGAAUAGUUUAGUGUCUUUAAUUUGUCUUUGUUUAAAGUUAGUUGAUUUAUAUGUAAAUUGUAAAGUAGAUGCAAAUUAUGAUAAUAGUUGUGCAUGGAUAAUUUUGUUAAUAUGCAUGAGAAACAUUAAGCAGUUUGCAUCCAUCUGAACCACCACUGGUUAUUUAUGAAAACCACAAAUUAUCCAUUAAUGAAAACAGGACUUUAGCUUUUGCCAAUUUAAGUAGAUUUUAUGUAAAUGUUCUCUCAAAAAUUAACAUGUAUUUACAAAUUAGUUUCUAAAAAUAAAAUAAACCAUGCAUUGUUACCACAGAACACUUUGAACAAGAACUUAAAGAUGUACUGUAUGUAAGACCUUAAAAGUAUAUAGAAU